UGGCGGGAAUCCAUCCCUAGAUCACCAAACAAUAACAGAAAAGGAUCAACAAUGAGCGGACAAACAAAAUUGUUUGGCGACAAGGCCUUUGACCUGCUAAAGGAACUGGAGAGAUCAUCGCAGACCAUUCCCGCCUUCGACGACGACGGGGUGCGUCAGGUUCUGGAGGAGAUCAAGGCGAUAUUCGAGGAGAACGUGGCCCAGGCCUCCAGCUACAAUGCUUCCGGUGAUCGGAGCCUGUGGCCGCUGCUCAACUUUAGGCAUGCGGCUCUCCAGCGGAACAAGAGGUGCCUGCUGGCCUAUUUGUAUGAACGGUGCAAGAGGAUCAAGGCCCUGCGGUGGGAGUUCGGACCCAUCAUUCCUGGGGACAUCAAGCAGUCGCUCUGCGAACCGGAGGUGCACUUCUUCAACAACUACUCCAAGUCCCUGGCUGCCUACAUGUGCAGUGCUGGCUACAACCAGGGAUUGCCCAUCGAUCUCACUAACAACCUGCGUCCUCCGAAAUCCCUGUACAUAGAGGUGCGCUGCAUGGAGGAUUACGGAAAGUUCGAGCUGGAUGACGGCGAGGUGAUCCACCUGAAAAAGAACAGCCAGCACUAUCUGCCUAGGGCUCAGGUGGAGUCCCUUGUGAGGCAGGGCAUUCUGCACCACAUAGCAUAAAGUAAACUAGUUAAUGUUAUUUACUAAAUAUAAAUAAAUCCGGAAUGAUUUUUUUGAAAUGUUAAAAAUACAUAAUAAUUAU